AUGGAGGAGUUGAGCUUCCAUCCGUCGUCGUCGUCUGCGCAAACGCCUCCUUCGGGCGGGGCGGUUGAUCAACAACAACAGGAGAACAACAACAACAACAAUAACAACGGUUUCUUCAACGCGAUGCCGCAAAUGCACCACCAAUACUUCCAACAGCCGUAUCCUCAACACUUUAAUCAUCAGAUGCACUACCCACAAUCGCGAUUCAUGCAUCAUCCGCAUCAUCAUCCGUUCGGGAACGUACAAAGAGGAACACAGUUUUCCCCGAGAGCUCGAGUCGGGGAUUGGAUGUGCCCGAACAGUUGCGGGUUGGUGUUUUCCAGCAAGACGAACUGUUUCAGGUGUGGAGUGUUGAAGCCUCCCGGGUCGGAAAUCCAAGCGUCUUCGUUACAAGAGAGCAACGGUGCCAACGGAGGGGGAUUUAGCAACGGCGAAGAACAAAGAACGAGUGGAGCGGGCGGGUAUAAUAACCGACAAUACGGCGGGGAAACGUCCUCGAACAGCGGGUCGAGCGGAUUCGGGAGCAACGGGUUCGGGAGCAACAACAACAUCGGAGGAGGUGGGAGACAAUAUAGCAACGGGCAAGCGAGUCAUCAUCACAACGGUGGUGGUUAUAAUAAUGCGAACAAUGGUAUGCACCACCACCAUCAUAGAAACGCUCCGCGAGCCGGAGAUUGGUUGUGUCCGAACGGGUGCGGGAACGUGUACGCGAGCAAGCCGCAGUGCUUUCGAUGUGGCGUGCACAAGCCAGAGCAGGCGAAAGUGUUGUCCGAUGCGGACGUUCCAAAUAACGGACGAGGGAACGGGUUCAGACAUAACUCUGGGUUUGGGUUUUUCAACGGGAACUCGCAGGAGUUUCCGACGAUUGCCACGGCGUCGGCGCAGCAAACGUCCUCGCAACAACAAUCGACGAACGGAGAAGGUGAGGAGACGGGAGACGAAGGAAACGACGGGACGAUGGAAAAUAACAUUAACGGUACUAAUACCGAAGGUGAACAAUAA